UUUUGUAUUUCAUUACUACGAUGUAUAAUUCUUUCCAAAAAUAUCCCUUAUGGAAAGUCGACACUGUUGGAACAGCUUACAAAAAAAUCGUGGAACGAGAUGCCCUUUACACAAAAAUUUAUAUCGUCGUUAUCAUAGUUAUAGGUUUUUGCACUGGCAUUCUGUACGUGAUACCAACAGACGAAGACCACGAAAUGUUCUUCAUCAUGACUUGGUUUGAGGAUAACUUGUUGGAGUGGGCUGACAUCCUCUCUCUUUGCCAUCGGUGUAGUUUUCUGUUUGUGUCUCUCUUAAUGCAAGCUCCGUGUUUCCAAAUUUGCUACUUGUUGAAACAUGCCGAAUACCAGCUUGGUAUCAUACAAAAAUUGCUCGAAAAUAUACACUAUGGUUUUGAAGACUUGGACGAAAUGACUUGUGGUGAUACAAAAGUCCAGGGCGAAAUAAGAACAAGAUUAUUGUUCUGUGUUAAACGCCACGUCUCGUUUAUCGUAAUAAUCAAGAAACAUAUUAGAGAAGCAGGGGUUUUCGUUUUCCUUUUUUCAGUAACUGGCGGUAUGGUGGCUGUUAGUAUGUUGCUGUUUUUUUUUCUGAACGAAGAAAAUCUAACUUUUAAUCAUUUCCGGUUUUGGGCUUUAAUUGUCGUGGCUUUUUUAACAGGUGUGCAAUACGUGCUGCAAGGACAAAGUUUGGAAGAUAUUACGGUUGAAUUUUACGAAACUUUGACUCGAAUCGAAUGGUAUUACUGGAAUAAAGAAAAUAAAAUAAUUUAUCAGAUUCUUUUAAUUAACGCUUCUGAUCCAGUGACUGUUAAAUUUUCGGAAAAUGUAUCCGUGAAUUACAAACUAGGAAUCGAUGUGGGUAAAGCUGUGUAUUCCAUGAUGUCGUUUAUGACAUACAUUAGGGAUUCGGUGCUAACUAGAAAGGGUUAAAUUAAAAGUUGAAAACUAAUAAUAUUUAGGUACCUCUUGUUAUAGCACGUGUUUUGUUGUCAAAAUUGGGAGUAGGACAUAGUAUAACUAACUAUAUUUAUUACAGGAUGAUUCAGUUGGAGUUGAUAGAAAUGUUAUCGUUUUAAUGUUCUUCUCUAUAAUAAUAAGAAAAAAUUUUGAUAUUGUAUUUCAACUUUGUGAUUUCGC